GAUACUUCUCUACGCACGCAACAAACAGACACCGAUCGUCGGACUCGAAAUACCCUGACGGUUGGAACCCUGACCCGCUGACCCUGCGUGCGUUAGGUUGGACCUUGCCAACUGUCUAGCUUCUAGCUUCUCUAGCUUCUUUAACCCGCCGAGCGGCCGAUCGAACCGACCUACCCUACCUACCCUACCUACCCCGGGCCGGACCCCUCUACGUAUAACAACUCCCUCGACGACUUUGGAACAAAAACCAUCGCGGAUUAUAUACACGCCGCCGCUGUUCGCCGCGUCGUCGACCUCAUCACGUACGCUCUGUACCUAGAGGCAUCUACACCGACACCGACAUCCAACACCACCUUCCACCCUCCCCCGAAGCACACACAUACACAAUGCGCCCCCCAACAACCCCCCUAGCCGGCGCCGCCGCCGCCACCGUCCUCCUUCUCGCGGGGCUCCCCUCGACAAUCACAGCCGCCGCCCCCCCACCGGCCGAAGUAAUGCGCUGCAAGGAGAUCGUCGUGGACGGACACAAGUACAACUUUGGCGAGCUCGGCGGGCCACACACGGUGGUGACGAACGAGUACGACCCGCCGGCUUACUACAACUAUACGUAUACGUUGGAUAUCUGUGCGCCGCUGAAGAGGAAGGGGGAUGUUAAGAAGGAGGAGCAGUGUGGGGGUGAUGCUAGAGUCUGCAGACUCAAACACCACUACUCCCCCUCCGACAAGAAAUCCACCUUCGAAACAGCCACCACCCUCGCCGGCGGCUCAUCCUUCCACUACGAAGCCACCAAGCUCGAUUCCUCUUCCGACCACAACAAGGACGGCGGCAUCAAGCUGACUUUUACGGGGUACAAGCACCAAUCGCGACACCAAAAGGUCGUCAUCAAUUUCGUCUGCAACAAGACUUUGACGGGUACGGAAGGCGAAAUAAUCGACAGCGAGGAUCAGUAUGAGAAGCCCAAGCUUUUUACAAGGGAUGGUGACGACAAAAAAGAGGAAGAGGGCGACGAUGGAUACCCCGAGACGCAAAAGACGAUUAAUAACGGGACAACGCCGACGGCGCUGGUGUGGAAUGGGUAUAAGCGUGUUGGUGAGGAUGUGGAUCAGCUCGAGUUGACGUGGUAUACCAAGUUUGCUUGUUUGGAUGCCUCCGGUGGCGGCGACAAGCCCAAAGACGGCGACAAGCCUAGUGAUGGGGAUAAGGACAAGCCAAAGGAUGGAGACAAGGAUAAGCCGAAGGAUGGUGAUGAUAAAGACGGCGGCAACAAGGGCGGAAACGGUGAGGAGGAUAUCAAUAAGAGUUGGGGGUUCUUUACUUGGCUUGUGGUUCUCCUCUUCCUAGCCAUAGCCGCCUACCUCAUCUUCGGCUCCUGGCUCAACUACAACCGGUACGGCGCGCGUGGUUGGGACCUCCUGCCACAUGGCGACACCAUCAGGGACAUCCCCUAUUUGCUCAAGGACUGGACGAGACGGGUGUUGAAUACCGUACAGAGCAGUGGGAGUCGGGGAGGGUAUUCGGCUGUUUAGGAGGGGCCUGAAGAGGGGAGAGGUGGAGGUGGGUUGGAGGUGGAAAGUUGGAGGGGGGACUGGGGUGGUGAUCAGGAGGAGGAAGGAGAGGAAGGUCAUGGGUAUGAGAGGUCUUGGUAGCGGUCGGGGGCUAGGAGAGGAUGGAGUGAGGAGUAGGAUAUGGGUUAGAGAAGGGAGGAGGACCAGGUACGCAACAGAACUGCUGCUACUGCUGUAGGCUGUCAGGGUGCACGAUGCAG